UAGUUUUGUAAAUAAUACACGGAUUUUGAAAUGCAAGGUUAAUAAUUUAUCAAAGAAAAACAAUAUUUAUAACAAAUAUGUGGUUUAAAAAUGCUGUUACUAGAUUCCCACAAGCCUGGUUCAAAGUCUCCAAUAUUAAAAGCGUUUGCUUUAGAAAUUACAGCGUUAUAUCUUCGGUAUUAGAGAAGCCAAACAUCGGCGAUGAUACAGAAGUUAAGGGCUGGGUGAGGAACCUCAGGGUAAUGAAAGGCGUAGUCUUCGCCGACGUCAGCGACGGAUCGUGCGCGCAGCGACUGCAGGUCGUCAUCCCCAAGGACCUCAAGACCGACGCCCUCACCUACGGCAGCUCAGUGCACGUCUCCGGAAUACUAUCGAAAACCCCUAAAGGACAAGUGGAACUUGUAGCCAACAAAGUUAAAGUGUUAGGAGAAUGCGUGGUUUUAGACGGAUACCCGUUCAACCCCAGAACUGUGCAUCCUCCAGAGUAUAUGAGGCAGUUUCUGCAUCUACGAUCUCGCACUAAUUACAUCUCUGCCAUACUGAGGGUCAGGAACUCUGUAACAAGGCACAUACAUGAUUACUUUGCCGCUCACAAGUACAUACACAUCAACACUCCAAUCCUCACCUCCAAUGACUGUGAAGGAGCUGGCGAAGUGUUCAAGGUGCAGCCCGACAGCACCGCCACAGUCAAAGCUAUGAUGCAAGAAGGGAAAGACACAGAUUCUGCAUAUUUUGGGUCAAAGACUUUCCUGUCAGUAUCAGGGCAGUUGCAUUUAGAAGCUGUAUGCAGGGGUAUGGGAAAUGUGUAUACUUUGGGCCCCACCUUUAGAGCUGAAAACUCCAGGUCUCGUCUGCAUUUAUCUGAGUUCUACAUGCUGGAGGCAGAAGCAGCUUUCUGUGACAGUCUAGAUCAGCUACAAGACCUUAUUGAGGGGUUACUCAAGCAUGUAUUAGUGCAAACAAGAAAUAGUAAUGAGGCUGACUUAUUUAUAAUAGACAAAGCCAAUGCCAGUCCUCCACUGUGGAUAGACAAACAGUUCAUUACACUAAGCUAUGAUGAAGCACGGAAUAUUCUAGAGAAGAAGCAUUUAGAUGUGACUGAGGAGGGAAUCAACAAAGAACAAGAGUUGGCUUUAGUGGAGUAUUGUAAUGGAACACCAGUGUUUGUUGUCAGAUGGCCAAAGAACCUCAAAUCAUUUUACAUGAAAGAAUGUGAAGAUGAUAUCUCAAAGGUAGAAGCACUAGACCUCCUAACCCCAAUAACAGGAGAAGUAGUUGGAGGCAGCCUCAGAGAGGACGACUAUGAAAAGCUGAAGCAGAAACUACCGUCAGCGGCCCUGAACUGGUACUUGGAGCUGAGGAAGUUUGGCAACAUCCCCACCGGGGGCUUCGGUCUAGGGCUGGAGAGACUGCUGCAAGUUGUCUGCAGUGUCAAUAAUAUCAAGGACACGUUGCCGUUCCCGAGAUGGCCACAUAAUUGUGACAUGUAGGUUAGGUUGUAAGAAUUCUGUAGUUAUGUAAAUAAAUGCCUAUUGAUUGUU